UAAAGUUAAAUUCAGGAAAGACAAUGUCACUCAAUUUACAAUUUUUAGGGACAACCGCAGCAUCCUCCUUUACUGAUUAGAUCAGGUUAUUCACAGUGGGGGCUUAGUUGAUAGUUACCUAAAGCUCUAGAAAGGCAGCGGUCAAGCAUGUCGGAGAAGCAGCAAUCUCCUAGUGGAGGUGAAGUUGUAGUGGAAGUUGGAAGGGAAAAGAGCAAUGAACCAAAAGGCUCAGACUCUUCAGCUAGCCAGACCCUCACUAAGAGAAAGUCAUUCAGUAGGGAGUCCCCGAAUGAAAUCUCAUUGGUUAGGACUGAGGAGAAUGCACCGCCAUCUCCAGGCAAAACAAAAGAUGAGGAGGAUGUGGAGAUUUACAAGAAGGUUAAAUUGAGUAGAAGAGUGAGCUGCAAAAAAAUCUCGAUUGAGUGGAUUGUUUUUCUAUCCAUUUUGGGUUUUUUAGUGGCUAGCUUGACUGUCCAUAAGCUAAAGAAUCUUAUGGUUUGGGGAUUGGAGGUUUGGAAAUGGUGUGCGCUUAUAAUGGUGGUAUUAUGUGGCAUGCUGAUGACAAAUUGGGUUAUCGGUUUCAUAUUUUUGGUGAUCGAGCGCAACUUCUUGCUUAGGAAGAAGGUGUUGUAUUUUGUUUAUGGAAUGAAGACGGGUAUUCAGUUUCUCAUGUGGGGGAGUCUGAUUCUUCUCACAUGGCUACUCUUGAUCAAACGCGGGCUUCAGCAAUCAAAAGUUUCCACUAAGAUUCUGGCUUACAUCACGCGAAGUAUCGUUGCAGUUGUUAUUGGGGCAUUUUUGUGGUUGUUAAAGACUUUGUUGGUUCUGAUCUUAGCAUCUAAAUUCGAGGCGGUCACCUAUUUUGAUAGAAUUCAAGAAUCGAUAUUCAAUCAAUAUGUUCUUCAGACACUUUCAGGACCUCCGUUGAUGGAGGAGGCUUAUGAAAUAUCACGAGGCAGUAGCAAACAAAGUUACAGAGAGACUAGGAAGGCACAGGCCGAACGGGUGGAGAAAAGGGUCGUCAUUGACAUGACAAAGCUUCAAAGGAUAAAGCAAGAGAAGGUUUCUUCUUGGACCUUGAAGGUAUUGAUGGAUGCAGUAACUAGUUCAGGGCUAUCCACCAUCUCUCAUACAUUGGACGGGAUAGAGGAUCUAAAUGAACAGAGAGAUAAAGAGAUCACCAGUGAGAUGGAAGCAACUGCUGCUGCACAUGACAUUUUCCUUAACGUCGCUCCGCCUGGUUCUAAGUACAUUGAGGAGUGGGAUCUCUUGAGGUUCAUGAUCCAGGAAGAGGUAGAGUUUGUAUGGCCGCUGAUUGACGUAGCAAUGACCGGACAAGUUGACAGAAAAACUCUGACAGACUGGGUGGUGAAGCUCUACACUGAUCGCAAAGCAUUAGCUCAUGCAUUGUCUGAUACCAAAGCAGUUACAGCGCAAGUCAACAAUCUUGUGACUAGCAUUGUGUUUAUUAUCAUCAUCGUUGUGAGCCUUCUAGUGGUGGAAAUUGCAACCACAAGCUUUUUUGUCUUCCUAUCAUCACAGCUCGUAUUAGCAGCUUUUGCUUUCGGAAACACUUGCAAGAAUGUAUUUGAAUCUAUCAUGUUUCUAUUUGUGGCACAUCCAUAUGAUGUUGGUGACUGCAUUGUUUUUGAAGGCGUUCCGAUGAUAGUUGAAGAGAUGAACAUCUUUACUACGGUUUUCUUGAAACUCAGUAAUAACGAGAAGGUGUACUAUCCGAAUUCAGUUUUAUCUGCAACAUUGAUCAGCAAUUACUCCAGAAGUCCAGAUAUGAGAGAUGCUGUAGAAUUCUCAAUUGCUUUAACACCAGUGGAGAAGAUAGUCAAGUUGAAAGAAAAAAUAAAGGAAUACAUCGAGGGGAAGCCUCAAUAUUGGCAUCGAAAACACAAUGUGGUGGUGAUUAACAUCGAAGAUGUUGUUAAGUUAAAGAUGGCAGUCUAUUGUCAUCACAAAAUGAACUAUAAAGAUUUUGAGGAAAAGAAUUUGCGCAGAGCUGAGCUAAACUUCGAAUUGCUGAAAAUUCUUGAAGAGCUAAACAUCACAGUAAUAUCUGCUGACCUCCCAAAAAGUGAAUGUCACUCAAACUAAAUAAGAUGCAAUCAGCACUUUGCUUCCUAAAGGAGGUCCAACUCAACCUGAUGUCCGGUUAGAAAAUCAGUUUGAUACUUUAAUAGACCUCUCAAAGAUUGAAGCUAGGCUAAUUGGUGAGGUCUGUAUUCUAUGUUGUAGUUAUUGGUAUUGCUACAUUCAUUCUGUCAUAACUCAAUGGUGCGCAUAAUAAACCAUGGCUGUUGUUCAUACUUAAUUUUCUGAUAGUUUUCAUCUUGUCAUAAAUCUGGUGGUUGUCUAAAGUAUGUGCGUCUUUGUCCACAAGGAAUAAACAAAAGCUUGUAGCAGUUUUGUUUCU